AUGAAGAUUCUCACCAAGGAAGAAGAGGAAGCCCACUACGCUGAGGUCCUCAAGGGCGGCGUCAUUGGUGGUGUUUUUGGCGCGACACUCGGUCUCGCUGGUGUUUAUUUCGGCUCCAAGCGCUACGCGACCGUUCGCGGUCUUACUCUUCCCUUCAAGUCUUUCCUUGUCACAUCCACCAGCACAUUCGGUGCCAUCGUCAACGCUGAGCGAUGGAGCAUUGCCCACCAAAAGGCUCAAGACCCAAGAUACAGCUACAGAGACGAGGCCUCCCGCGCUACGGAUCUGAUUCGACAAAACCAGAGUGCCUAUGAGCGAUUCAUGGAGUACGGUCGGGAAAAGAGGUACACCAUUGUUUUUGCAUCAUGGUUGGCUUCAAUGGGCGUUGCAUUCGCCAUCGUUAGCCGAUCGCCAAUGAACACCGCAAACAAGGUUGUGCAAGCUCGUGUCUACGCGCAAGGCCUUACGCUUGCUGUGUUGAUCAUCUCGGCCAUGUUUGAGAUGAAUGAUCUCAAGGAAGGCAACAGCCGAUUCCAGACCAUCUGGGUUGUUGAUCCCAAUGAUCCCGAGCAUAAGAAGCUCAUUGAGAAGAAGGUGCACAAGGAGGAGUACGAGGGCCAGGACCUCUGGAAGGAUAUGGUUGCCGCUGAGGAAGCUCGAUUGGCUGCCAAGAAGGCUGCUGAGCACGCUUCUUAA